UCUUCCAGCACUUCAGUUCCUCAUCCUUCUGAGGCUGCUCGGGACCCCGUUUGGGGACAGUCACUCUCUUUUCUCCACGUUCUUUACGCUCUGGCUCUCGGCGCCAUGUUGGACGACUUCUCCGUCGACAAGCGUGAUCUGCAUCGUCGUGUCUCAGGGGGUGUCAAGCGGCUGAACAAGCGUUGGGUCUACACCCCUACUGCCAUUUUUACGCCCGCGCAGAGUCCUGCGACGACUUCGAGUAGUGUCGACAACCCGUUUACUGGGCUCUUUCCGCCCCCAAGCUCCAGUUCGAUCCCGGCCACGACCACCCAGCCAGCCCUCCCGACUGGCACUACGACAUCUAGCACGGCUGUGACCACAUCAGCAGCUACCACUACUACUACUAUUUCCUCGUCUACACUCUCGAGUACCACCUCCACCAGCUCCAGCUCAAGUACUUCGCCGACAGCCACGCUUGCCCCUACGACAAGUACCCCUACCAUUGUACUUCCUCAAACUGUUCAGGACGCGACAACUGAAGUCGAUAUCACUGUUACCCCGACACACUCGACGACUUCUGUCAGUGCGACAUCGUUGGCUGCAAGUCCAACGACUUCCACUACACCGAAGUCCGGUGUCAGUACCGGCGUCUUGAUUGGUGGCAUCAUAGCCAUCGUUGUUGCUGUGGCUGGCAUACUCUUCGCCGUCGUCUACUUCAUUCGCCGUUCCCGUAAAUCCAGUGAAGAGGACGACUUCAAUCCUGAUGCAUUCCGUCGUCAGUCCAUGAUGCUGCCAGAUACCGAUAGUAUAUCAGGUGCGAGCCGUGCGACGCCCUGGAGCCGUGGUGGCGCCCGACCUCCGACAAUGAUUGAACAGAAGCUGGCUCAUAACCCGGUUUCGUACGUGCCACCUGUGCCUCCUCACCCGUACACUUUCGGUGCCGCGUACAAUGAGUCAUCGUUCUCGCCUGGCCAGGUCUACACUCCCACGACGACGAAUUCGGCCAACCCUUUCUUCUCGCCUUACGACGAUCGCUCGCCUAUCGGUACUCCUGCGCCCUCUGAGGCCUAUGCUACUCGGAGCAAUACCGUCUCUCGUCAACCAUCUAUGGCGUCGACCACCGUCCUUUCACGUCAUUCGUCGAAUUCUGGGAAACCACUUCCUGACAUAGUCGCGGAUGAUUACGUUGACAUGAACCGCUCCAGUGUCACACCCUUCCAGGCAGCGCAGUACGCCGACAUCUCGCGCCGCUUAAACACGACGCCGCCACAGGGUCUUCCCUUGACCGAGGUCGAGGAGGAAUUUGAGCAGGCCCAGGAGAUCCCAGUUCUGCCGCAGAAGCACGUUGAGCCCCUCGAAUUCCAGCCUUCAUCUCUCGGCCUUGAUGGCGCGCAGCACCUGACCGUGCAGCCCACCCCACGCGAGAACGCCUUCCCAGAGUCGCCCUUCGCAGACCCCGAGAUGGCCGAGCAGCAGCGGCUCUCCCAGCGCGAUUCGACCGGCUCAAUCCUCCAGCCGCCCGAGCCCAUCUUCGACGCGGAUGCCCCGUCCCCCAAGGCCCGCAUCGCGUCUAUCCCGCCCAUGCUCCCCGAACUCACACUCCAGGACCGUCCGUUCUCGCCUGUGACGAUUGACUUCCCCAUCGCCCCAUCCUCCGUCCGCCCAUCGCCCUCGCCGUUUUCAACGAUGUUCACCGACAUCCCGUCCUCGCCGCCCAAGGUGCACUUCCCUGAGAAUGCGACCGAGCCUGCAACUCCUUCAGCCCCGGUUUUGCGCAUUGGAGCGGGCCAGUCAGCGGUAAAGCGGCCUGACACGGUCUAUACGCUCUAUGACGACGAGGAUGCGUACGCCGGCAUCUAAGCUGCUGAAUGCGCACCACUGUAUCAACACUCUACCCCUCUCCCUUUCGCGCCCUCGGUGCACGAUCCUGUGGCCGAUGCGGACGCGCUGUAUCAUCUCCCGUAUCAUCUCCAUAUCUCCUUUGCCUGUGUUGAACUGGGCGUAAUUAUGUGGCUGCGGGGCAGAACUGGAUUCUCUGGGCACACGCGAGCAUGCGCCUCGCUGCCUCUCUGUUCUGUCAUCGUUCAUCUGUGCUCUGCGGCGCGUCAGAUCGCCGCGUGUGCUUUGUGCUCGCCUACUGUGCUGACGUUGACACGUUUCUUGCUGGCCGCUCUUGACGAGGUCAAGAAUUUACCUACAUACUAGCCACCCUCCGGCGUCGCAGCAAUGCGACUAUCUACUCCCAUCUGUUUUCUGUGGUUUUCUUAAGGUCUUGUAUAGCUUUUUCCCGGUGCACUCCGCACCCGCGUUCGCUCCUUUGUGACUUACAUCCAUUUGCUGUACUUCACCUUUUCUGCGGGCGGAGAUUCUCAGGUUGAUUGUGCGGUGUUGUUUGUUGCUUCAUGAUGUUGACAUGUAUACGAUGGCAGGUCCCCGAGUAGACUGUGAGGGGCCGCCUGCACACUGGAUAACGAGCCGCUUCAAACUCGUCGAUACCCGGUUUUCAGAUAUGUUACCACUUUCCACGUUUUGUGUUAUGUUGUUUGUUGCUCGAUGAUAGUGCUUGCACCUACUAAACAAGAUGCGCAAUGACGAAUGUUUGUU